AAUACGUGGUACGGCUUUAUUGUGUCUCUCUUGGGGUAAAUUAGUGUGGACUGUGGGAGAUUGAUUAAAAUGGAGAGUCUUGGAUCAGUGGGAUCCAUUAACUUGAUUAAUUAAUACCUGCCGUUGAACAAGAUUAUCCCUGUUUAACUAACUCCUAGUCUGCAGCAGACAAGUGGCUCGACUCCAAUCUUUCCCUACAUGAUAACCCCUCCCGCUAUCUCUCUGACAUGGCGGGCAAAGCUUUAUUCUAGCGGUAUUUCUGUCCAAGCUGCGUGCGGGGAGAUGGCGCGCUAGGGCGCAGAUUGGUGUAUUCCUGCUUGGAUGCGUGUUCGUUGUUGAAAGUGACAAAGGUGUGUCUCUUUUGGAGCUGCCUGAGAGGGGAGGCCAUUUUGUACAGCGAGGCAGGCAGGCAGGCGUCUGUACAUGUCUGUAUGUCUGUGCUCACGUCAGGAACAGGAAGCGUGCCAUUGUGCGUAUGAGAGAGAACAUUUUCUGUGUUGUGGGGGCGAGGGUUAUACCAGAGGCGCUAGUAACAACACCCAAACCUAUUUCUUCACUUUGCCGAGCGUUCACUGUCCUUUCUACACUGUUUCCUCUGUGCAAUGGAUGGCAGGGAUCUGAGAAGCCUCUUUCUUCUGCUGUCCUCUACGGCCAUACUACCAUGAGCACUUCUACUCCAUCCACAGCUAAUGGCAACGAUAGCAGACAGUUUAAAGGAGACCGUUCUCCCUGUGGUCCUUCCCGAGUGCUCCACGUCCGCAAGGUUCCCAUCGAGGUGUCUGAGGCUGAGCUCAUCUCUCUAGGAGUCCCCUUCGGUAGAGUCACCAACCUGUUGAUGCUGAAAGGGAAAAACCAGGCUUUUAUAGAAAUGGCUUCAGAGGAGGCAGCGAUCACCAUGGUGAACUACUACACCACAGCAACACCUCACGUACGCAACCAGCCAGUCUACAUCCAGUACUCCAACCACCGCGAGCUCAAGACAGACAACCUGCCCAAUCAGGGGAGAGUUCAGGCAGCAUUGCAGGCAGUCAAUGCAGUGGCGUUGGGUGGUUCAGCAUCUGGCGGUGACGGAACCCUGAUGCCAGGACAGAGCCCCGUGCUGCGCAUCAUCGUAGAAAACCUCUUCUACCCUGUAUCUCUGGAGGUGCUACACCAGAUCUUCUCUAAGUUCGGGACGGUCCUGAAGAUCAUCACUUUCACCAAGAACAACCAGUUCCAGGCCCUGCUACAAUAUGCUGACCCGAUGAAUGCCCACCACGCCAAAGUGACUUUAGAUGGCCAGAACAUCUAUAACGCAUGCUGCACUCUGCGUGUGGAGUUCUCCAAGCUGACCAGCCUGAAUGUGAAAUACAACAAUGACAAAAGCCGAGAUUUCACCCGCCUGGAUCUUCCCUCUGGAGAUGGACAACCUACCAUGGACCCUGCCUUGACUGCCGCCUUCGGUGCUCCAGGUAUCAUCUCUUCGCCUUACGCUGGGGCAGCAGGUUUUGGCCCUGCUAUCGGGUUCCCCCAAGCAGUAGGCCCGCCCUUUGACCUGCUAUCGUGCGUGCCCCCAGGUCUGUCCAUGCACACGAUGACCGGCGCUCUGGGACCCCUCGCCAUGCCCGGCUCAGUCUCGGGACGGAUGACCCUACACGGCAUGGCCCCCAUCGCUGUUCACGCCGUUCUCCUUGUCUCCAACCUCAACCCUGAUAGCAUAUCACCACAUGGACUGUUCAUCCUAUUUGGGGUGUAUGGUGAUGUGCAUCGGGUCAAGAUUCUGUUCAACAAGAAAGAGAAUGCCUUAAUCCAGAUGGCCGACGCUACUCAGGCACAGCUUGCAAUGUCCCACCUGAACGGCCAGCGGCUGCACGGCAAGGUGAUCAGAGUGACCAUCUCUAAGCACCAGACGGUCCAGCUGCCCAGGGAGGGACAGGAAGACCAGGGCCUCACUAAAGACUUCAGCGGCUCCCCGCUACACCGCUUCAAGAAGCCUGGAUCCAAGAACUUUCAGAACAUCUUCCCUCCCUCUGCCACCCUCCAUCUAUCCAACAUCCCUCCAUCUAUAACAGAUGACAUCCUGAAGGAGCUGUUUGCUGGGACUGGAUACACAGUCAAGGCCUUCAAGUUCUUCCAGAAGGACCGUAAGAUGGCUCUGAUCCAGUUGGGUUCAGUGGAGGAGGCCAUCCAGGCCCUGAUCGACCUCCACAACCACGACCUGGGAGAGAACCAUCACCUCCGCGUGUCCUUCUCCAAGAGCACCAUCUGACCCGCCUCACCCAGCUCCCCCAGCUCCCCCCAGGGCCUCGCUCCUGGGCUGGGCUAACCCCAUGCCUCCCCCCACCCCCACCCCCAGGGCCUCGCUCCUGGGCUGGGAUAACCCCAUGCCCCCCACCCCCAGGGCCUCGCUCCUGGGCUGGGAUAACCCCCCCCCCACCCCCAGGGCCUCGCUCCUGGGCUGGGAUAACCCCAUGCCCCCCACCCCCAGGGCCUCGCUCCUGGGCUGGGAUAACCCCAUGCCCCCCCCCCACCCCCAGGGCCUCGCUCCUGGGCUGGGAUAACCCCAUGCCCCCCCCUCCCCCACUCCCCCGCCCACCCCUAGCCCCUGUUGGGAGUGACGGACAGAAACACCCACUUUUACUUAAAACAAACAACAGACAAUGAACUAGUUUAGAUGAUAUUGUUGUGUAAUAGACUACUGUAACACAAGGCCUUCAGACAGAGACUGAUAUAGAGACAGAGCUGAAGUAGGCUGGAAGGAGAGCUGGUUGAUUGAUUCAGAACAGAGAGUACAACGGUGAUGUGGGCUGACAUGAUGCAUCAGUGCAUCCUUUACCUGGCAUUCGAGGACCCUAAUCCAGGGAGAGACUAGACCCUAACCCAGGGAGAGACUAGACCCUAACCCAGGGAGAGACCCCGACCCAGGGAGAGACUAGACCCUAACCCAGGGAGAUACUAGACCCUAACCCAGGGAGAGACUAGACCCCAACCCAGGGAGAGACUAGACCCUAACCCAGGGAGAGACUAGACCCUAACCCAGGGAGAGACUAGACCCUAAUCCAGGGAGAGACCCUAACCCAGGGAUAGACUAGACCCUAACCCAGGGAGAGACUAGACCCCAACCCAGGGAGAGACUAGUCCCUAACCAAGGGAGAGACUAGACCCUAACCUAGGGAGAGACUAGACCCCAACCCAGGGAGAGACUAGACCCUAACCCAGGGAGAGACUAGACCCUAAUCCAGGGAGAGACUAGACCCUAAUCCAGGGAGAGACUAGACCCCAACCCAGGGAGAGACUAGACCCUAACCCAGGGAGAGACUAGACCCUAACCCAGGGAGAGACUAGACCCUAACUCAGGGAGAGACUAGACCCUAACCCAGGGAGAGACUAGACCCUAAUCCAGGGAGAGACUAGACCCCAACCCAGGGAGAGACUAGACCCUAACCCAGGGAGAGACUAGACCCUAACCCAGGGAGAGACUAGACCCUAACCCAGGGAGAGACUAGACCCCAACCCAGGGAGAGACUAGACCCUAAUCCAGGGAGAGAGAUACUCAACACUCCUUGGAGGCUUCUGCCCAGUCUGUCACCCACCCAGCCACUGACCCACCUACAGUCCCAGAGUGAGACUCUUCUAGCUGUGCUGCAUUGUUACAGCUGAAGCCCCUUCUCCGUAACCAACAGCACACCAAGCGUUAUGUGGUGAUGUUCCGUGGACGUUGUGUACCGUUAGACUGGUUUCUCUUCAGUAUGAUGACUUAUUACAGAUGAUUUACCUGAUGAGUCUGAGACACUGUUCCAUUAACAGGUAUCGUCACGGAUACGGAGAAAGGGCGGUUGGCUGAUGAAGCUGGGUGCCAGUAGCGGCGACCCUCCUCCUGACCAAUGAACUGCCUCCAUUUUAAGUAGCGUUGGAAUGUUGAGCGAGGGGGACCAAUGAUCAGGUCCCCUCCUCUGUGACAUAAUGGUGACAUCAUCACGGUGCAACACUGAGUCUCAGAGCAGCUCAGCUAAAUAUGACCACCACACCACUCAGAUCACCAUGACAACUACACACCUGUUCUGUUUUACAGUGUAUCAGUGGUGUUCAUUGAAAUGGAAACAGAAAGAAAACCGUUCAAAGCAAAA